UGGUCUCUCUACUAUGAUACUUGUAGAUCUCUAUACAAGCCGGGACGGUCAUGUGACUGCGGGUCCUGAUCUGCCACUUUCUCUAUGCGGAAACGAUCGUCUACCCCGCCGUGAAUUAUUUCAACUUUUGCGAUUGUGAAUUCCAAGUCAUUGUCCUGACAUAUCCAGCAAUCUCAGCAAAAUGGCAGACGAAUUCGACACUGGGGACAUGUUCGCAGACCCCGAGGGCUUCUAUCCCCCCGAGAAGGAGCCUACCUACGCAGAUCACCAGAUGCUCUCCGGCCAGGUCGUCCGUGUGCGCCUGGUCGGCAGCCACCCUCUAUAUGGAAACAUGCUCUGGAACGCCGGCCGCAUAAGCUCAGAGUAUAUCGAAAGUAACGCCCCCACCCUCAUCACCGGCAAGAGCGUCCUCGAAAUCGGCGCCGCAGCGGGCGUGCCCAGCAUCGUCAGUGCGAUCAAGGGCGCCCGUACCACCGUCAUGACGGAUUACCCGGACCCGGAUCUCGUCGAUAACAUGCGCCAGAACGCCGAGUCCUCUGCGUCGCUGAUACCCACCGACCCGCCUUCUGCGCUGCAUGUUACGGGCUAUAAAUGGGGGAGUGAUGUGUCGCCGCUGCUGGCUUACUUGCCCGAGGAAGAGAGGGCGAAGGGCUUUGAUGUGCUUAUUAUGGCGGAUGUCGUUUAUAGCCAUCGCGAGCACGGGAAUUUGGUCAAGACGAUGCAGGAGACGAUGAAGAAGGAAAAGGAUGCGGUUGCCUUGGUGAUAUUUACGCCGUAUGAGCCGUGGCUAUUGCCCCAGACGGAACGGUUCUUUCCGCUUGCUGAGAAGGGUGGGUUUACGGUGACCAAGGUGUUUGAAAGGUUAACUGAAAAGACUUUGUUUGAGAAUGAUCCUGGGGAUGAGAGACUGCGGAGGACAGUCUUUGGUUACGAGCUCCGAUGGGCUGACGAUCAACUACGAUAGACAUGAUACCAUAUAGAUUUGCGGAUUUGCAGUUAAAAGCAUUUGAUAGACUUCAAAAUUAUAUUCUUGGACUGCAGUUUUACGCUGCGAAACAGCCACAACCAAGCCAGAGCGAUUAUACCAAAGUAUUACCUGU